AUGGAGAACCUUGCUCUGCUUUGGGGGAUCAUCGGCCCGGGCGUGUCCGGCGCCAUCUUCGGGGCUGGGUGGUGGUUCUGGGUGGACGCGGUCGUUUGCAGCGCCGUCCAGGUCUCCUUCCUCCACUACCUUCCAGGGAUCUUCGCUUCGCUGGCGGCGCUCAUGUUCAAUUGCGUGAACAAGGAUGAGAUCGGAUACGACUAUUACUCGCCCUACGGGGACGAUUCCGAGUGGAGAGUGAAGCUCUGGCUUUUUGUGGCAUAUGUCGUUUCUUUUGUCUGCCUAGCUGGAUCUGUGGGUUUAUUGGUGCAAGACGCGCUGACGAACAAGGGCCCUUCUGUCUGGACUGGUGUUGCUGGUGUUCUGCAAUGUGUCCUUGUGUUGAUAAGUGGGCUGGUGUAUUGGACAUGCCACUCAGAAGAUUAA